CUAGUUUACAGAUUAUAAAACAUUGUUUUUUCUUGUUUGAAACCUUCAAAGUCACUUAUUUUGUCCAGUCACAAAAUUGUGAAUAUUGAUAAACAAAUAAUUUAACACAUUUUUGGGGUCGAACUGGUUGUUUCUACUCGGCGGUCUUUUAACUUGGGAUGCUGUGUUUUGUGGCUUAACAGGGUUUUAGCAUGUCAAUUGAGCCACAAAGGUCACAGCAAUGGCUUCAUCAUGAUUCACAACUGGCUGCUGAUGCUGGGGUAACAUUCGAGCUUCAAUAUGUUGGUGCCAUCCCAGUUCUGACAUCCAUAAAAUCUGUGAAUAUAAACACCAGGACUUGGAUUUGUCGUGCAUCAAUACGUCGUGUAUGCGAAGAUGUUGGUCUAACAUUACCAAGUAACCGACCAGCUGACAAGUCAAUAGAACAGUUCAUUGGCCCAUCCACUGAUAUGACAUGGGCAAUGGUGAAUGUAUACCUUACAAUCACAUCACAAACACUCACCGUUGAAACAAUUGACAAUGGUGUGUUAUUAUUCCAGCACAACCUAUUCCUGGUUUCUUUUGCUUCCGCUGGGGAUGCAGAUACUCCAGAUUUCAUUUGUUAUGUGGCCAAAACAGAUCAAGACACUCGUAUGUGUUACGUUUUUGAAUGUUCAGAUGGUCUUGCCCAGGAUGUAAUUAUUACAAUCGGGCAAGCAUUCCAGUUAGGAUAUCAGGAUUUAAAAAAUUCUAAACCACAAAUUGUUGAUAACCAAACAUCUUCCAUUAAACUAAAUUCAUUGAAUUCAUUAUUUUCUAAUCAUCAAACAAAUAUAUCAAUGUCUAAAAAUUCUAUUGGUAAUUCAAACAAAAUUUCACCUAUUGAUGGUACUAAUUGUACACAUCAUGUAUCUGCCAAUACCGCUACUUCCCUAUCAAAAGAGAAUACAGCAUUAAAUCAAAAUACUUCUAUGCUUAAUAAUAAUGUUACUCAUCAACCAGUAGCUUUUGAUAAUUUUAUGGAUUUUAAAGAUAGUGCAUGGCAUCUUGGUAACGAAAUUUCCUCGGAUAACCAAACUGAUAAUGCAGAAUACAACAAGUCAUCCUGUGGCACUAAAAAAAAUUCUGCCCAAUCUAAUCAAAAUGAGUUAACACAAGAGCUCUCUCAACAACCUUCCUGCAAAAUUAACAAAGCCGCCGGUGUCAAAUCAAUCUCUAAUAUAAAAGCACCGGUUGGACUUCCAAAUUUUGAACAUUUAGAACCAGUCGGUGAACCUUGGUAUGUUGGUAAAAUGUCCAGAUCACAAGCCGAAAAUUUGUUGCGUUAUGAUGGGGACUUUCUUGUACGUGCUAGCAUUCAGCAGCCCGGUCAGUUUGUAUUAAGCGGCCUUCAAGACGGAAAAUAUAGACAUUUAUUACUGGCCGAUCCUAACGGAAAGGUACGUACAAAAGAACGAGUAUUUGAUAGUAUACAACAUCUCAUUGAUUACCACGUACAAAAUGGUGCGCCUAUUCGGUCACUAGACAGCGAAAUAAAAUUAAUAUUCCCAGUAUCUACACAUACAUUUUGCAUUUCUUAAUUCAAUUCUUGCACGAUCUUUGACAUGCGUGCACAAUUCAGUGGCGAUAUACCAACAACUCAACUUUAUCUCUGUGAUCUACUAACUUUAUUUUAUACCCCAUGCUUAUAUUGUUAAGUUGUGCUUUCUUUAUCAACUUUUUACUUCAUAACAUUCCAAAACUGUGUAAAUCGAUUUGCCUACUUUUAUACUAAACUUGUGCAACAUGUAAUGAUUUUUGGCUGUAAUUUAUUUUACUUUCAUCACAUUAUUUUACUAAUUACCUUUUUGUUGCUGCUCUGCAAAUUAAUCACUGAUUUCCGCAUAAUAUGAUUUUCAUAAUAAUCCUGAUAUUUCGUCUUUGUAAAAUUUUCCGAACUUCGAAAUGUAACGAAAAUCAAUGAAGUGUGACAAUUCAUUUCAUGUUCGUUUUCAAAAACAUUACCUAAUGAUUUCACAAAUACUAGAUCGUAUAUCUGUACGAAUUAGAUAUGGCCCGAACUUAUCACGGACAUGCACGCACAUAUAGCCAUCCCUAUUUCAAAGUACAAUUCAGGUCCAUUUCAUACGAUAUUUACUUGCCUCAAUAUGUGAAAAAAUUCUACCGCAGCAAACAGUAAAGUGAACUUUUAAAUAUGAACUGCUAAGUAAACAACUUUUGUAUUUCACUCUAAAAACCUAAACUUAAGAAAAGUCAUUACGGAUGAAAUCCAGAAAUAAAAAAUACCACAAUUCCGUACUUGGUGGGAAAUUAAGGCUGGAAAUAUAUGUGCUAUUGUCACUGGUCUUCAGCAAUAUCGCCUAUGGUUUCCACAGUUAGUAUUUCAUAUUACACAACUUAUAAUAAGAUCAAAAUGUCCAAGAAUAGUUUGCAAAGUGUUUUUG